AUGCGAGCGCGGUCAGAAGCUGUGGUUUCACGAAACAGCCGCCGACCAAGGUCUAGAGGAUCAACCGCCAGUAUCCAUUCCAGCACCACGCAACAAACACAGGACCAGCAGAUCACCGAUGGGUUUUCGCAAUUCAUGCCCUCCCAAUCUGCCGCUGGUCACAAUGUCUUCGCGAGUAAUCCUGAAGACAUCAUUAUCCGGUUUGGCCAGCAGAUCUCGCAUCCCGUGAAUGGCACCUCGCUCGAUCCAACACUCCAAGAUCCUCAUCAUUCAGUGCUCCCUAGGGCAGAGGAAUUUCCGAGCCAUGCGAUGCACGGGCAUAGCCUCUCUCACCAUUCCAUACCUUCAGGCCUGUCGCAUCACGGUCUGCCUGCCAUGCCGAUCCCUCAGUAUCAAGCGAUUUACGAUAAUAAUAUUGAAAAUCACUUGCCAGAGCAUGUGCUGGAAGACAAUGAGAACUCGGAGACUGGUGCAAAGAAGAAGAAAGGUUCCAAUUCAUCCCUAGCGAACGACAAUGAACUGCGAAAGUUGCUCCGUCAGUACGAAGGCUAUUCGCUCAAGCAAAUGGCGGCAGAGGUUUUGAAACAUGAAGGGGCUGGGGGCAAGGCCGAGAAAGUUAAGCAGGUCUUUGCCAUGAUCUGGUUGAAAGAGAAUUGCCGGAAGAGCAGCGGUUCCGUCCGACGAGACCGUGUUUACUGUUGCUAUGCAGAGAAAUGUGGCACCGAACGUGUUUCAGUCUUGAAUCCGGCUUCUUUUGGUAAACUCGUGCGCAUCAUAUUUCCGAAUGUGCAAACCAGACGUCUUGGUGUUCGUGGAGAAUCCAAGUACCACUAUGUGGAUUUAACGGUCAUCGAGGAAAAACAGCAAAAGCCGCCGCCGUUGAACCCGCAGGUCUCGUCGAUCACCAAUGGCCAAAUUGGUGGUAGCAUAGAGAACAAACUUGACGGAGCCAUGCAGAAGAGUUCCAACGGUGACCACAGCAUUACGCUCGAGAACGUCGGAAACCAUUCUGGGAAAAUGAUUCAUCAGAUGCUCCACCUACCGUCCGCCGAGGGCACGUCUGUGGACAACGACUCCUUCCAACUGCCUGAUAUACGGGGCUAUCUUCCCGGCAAUACUGACACUAAGGUAGCGGCGGCUCUUGCAGCCCUUUACCGCUCCCAUUGUAUCUCCGUAAUUGAUAGCUUCCGCUACUGCAAGGAGCGGAACCUCCUCCGCUAUUUCUCCGCUUUUCAUGGGACCUUGACGGUUCCAGUACAGAAGCUGCUGACACACCCAAACCUCGCUCCCUGGAUCAAGGAGUGUGAUUGGCUCAUGUACCAGAAGAUGAUUGCAUUCGUGGCACCACUCACCACGCAGGUUGUUCCCAAACUUGUCCUGGACGCUUUUAGCUCGAUAUCGCAACGGCUGACUGCUCAUAUUGGUGAGACAUUCAAAGCGCAACCUGCACAUGUCAGCCUGGCAAGGUUAAUACCGGCCCAUAUUUUCUGCAAUCUGCUCAGGCACAUGCUUGAUGUAAACCAAUCAGCCAAUGCGGCCGCAGCAUGGCUGUGCCAUCCUGACAAUAGGAACCAGAUGUGGUUCGAUUUUAAAACGCUUGUUGAUCCAAAGGAGAUGAUCUCACGAGCGAACAUUCCCACAUGCGCGGAGCGGGCGGCAGAGCAGAUACUGAAACAUGACGUCCGAGCUCUGCUAACUCCUGUGGACGACCUGAACCCCUCUGCCUCUCACCCGUUCUUUACAAAGCCAGACACGGAAGCGGAUCGCGCGUCUCAUAAAUAUCCUGUCGAGGCGUCCGCCGGCGAGGAGUACAACUUUCCGGAUAAGUGGAUAUCUUUUAUACUAAACCUAUCCUCCGCAUUUCCCCACCAUCGCACGCAAUGCAUCAUCGAAAAGGUCGACGCCUUAUGGGAUUGCAUUCUCCGUCGAUUGACCCUUGGCGGUGCGCAAAGCUUCAGCGCCUGGUGGAUGACGAAAGUUUUCUUUCACGAGAUGAUGUUAUGGCAGGCCGAAAAGAAUGGUUUUAUGCGUUUCACACCGAGCACCUUGCAAAACAUGAGUUAUGCCUCUGACCAGCCCGGUCCGCCCAAUUUUCUGCUGAAACAAUCCAGCGGACCAUCUAAUGAGAAGAAUGACCCUUUUAGCGCCUCUGAUGCGCAGCAGGCUAGUGACCGGUCAAGGUCCACUACAAGUCCUUCAUCCGCGGAUGUGAAUCCCCAACCCAGUAUAUCGCUCAAUCGACCGCCGUCAGACGCAGGCCCAAAUCAAGCUUCGGUGGAGACUGAAAAGCCGCCUAGCAUCGCUGACAACAUUGCCAGCUUUCACGCUCCCAAUAAUGACGAUAGUGCUAUUGACCUUGACGAUGAUUCAAUGCUCAUGUCCGUGGGCAAAUAUGGUGAUAUGAUGGCCUCUGACCCAGCAGACGCUGAAGGAGAUGUUGUCGUCAUCUAG